AUGAAUCGCCAGCACGAUCCCAAUCCGUUCGACGAAGAAGAAGUCAAUCCUUUCUCGAAUGGUGCUGUUGCUCCUGCAUCAAAAUCACGUAUUCCACCGUUAGCAUCUGAGCCGCUGGGCUAUGGUCAAAGACAUGAUGCUACGGUUGAUAUUCCUUUGGAUACUACAAAUGACUCCAAGAAAAAAGGUCAAGAGCUAGCAGCUUGGGAAGCAGAUUUAAAACGGAGAGAGAAGGAAAUUAAAAAAAGAGAGGAGGCUGUUGCUAGAGCUGGUGUUCCUCUUGACGAUAAGAAUUGGCCUCCACUUUUCCCAAUCAUUCACCAUGAUAUUGCCAAUGAGAUACCGGUUCAUGCUCAGAGGCUACAGUAUUUGGCAUUUGCAAGUUGGUUAGGAAUUGUUCUCUGCCUAGUUUUUAAUGUAGUUGCUGUAACUGUAUGUUGGAUUCGAGGAGGCGGUGUCAAAAUUUUUUUCCUUGCUGUGAUAUAUGCCCUACUUGGUGUUCCCCUUUCAUAUGUUCUUUGGUACAGGCCCCUCUAUCGGGCCAUGAGGACGGAUAGUGCACUGAAGUUUGGUUGGUUUUUUAUGUUCUACUUGCUUCAUAUUGCAUUUUGCAUCUUUGCUGCAAUUGCGCCCCCAAUUGUUUUUCAUGGAAAAUCAUUAACGGGCAUCCUUGCUGCAAUUGAUGUCUUCUCAGACCAUGUAUUGGUUGGGAUAUUCUAUUUGAUUGGAUUCGGCAUGUUUUGCUUGGAGUCUCUUCUAAGCUUAUGGGUAGUUCAGAAAAUAUACAUGUAUUUCCGGGGGCACAAGUGA